AUGAUCUCUUGUAAAGCUAUCUUACUACUACUACUCUGCCAAAACAGCUUAGUGGCUGUUUCACUCCCCAACCUCCGCGCAUUGCUGAGUCAGCGAGUGGCGGCGCUCAGUGAGAGGGUGGGUGCACUGAAUCUGGACGUGUCGGCGCUCGCUGCGCAGGUGGACGCGCUGAUCGCCCCGCUGAGUGACGCCCUUGGUGUGGCGGACCUCGUGGCUCUGCUGCCGCACCCAGUAGGCAUGCUGCGUGGCGUGCUCACCUCGUGCGAGGGCCUUCUCCCGGUGGGAGCAGCCAACAUCCAGAUCACCAAAAUGGGCUCGGCGUACGCAGUGGCAUACCAGCUGGUGGCGACAGGCAUGGCGGAGGCACCGCAGGCGGCGGCCAUCUAUAGCGGUAACAGCACGUGCGGCCAUGCAGCCCCACCCGUGGCGCUGCAGCUGCCCGGCACGUGGCAGCUGCUGAGCUCCGUGUCGUGGUCGCUGGCCAAUGUGCUCACUCUCGCGCCGGCGGACCUGGCGCCCGUGCUCAGCGCCAUCGAGGCGAGCAUCAAUGGGCAGCUCUACAUUGGCUUCGCGGGCUCCAGCAGCAGCUUGUCGGGAAAACUCAUUGGUGGCAGGUUCUGA